AUGGGCUCCGGCGCUUGGCUCCGGCUCCUCCUCACCCUCGGAGCUCUUUGGGGAAUCGGAGCCAGGGAAAAGGUGCUGGGAAUUCUGGGGGAGGCGACGCUCCUGCGGAUCCCCCACGAGCUCCGGGAACGCACCGAGGAAUUCGGGGAAGCCUCCUGGAAAAAAACCAUGGAGGAGCCGCUGAAGAAGAAAUUCCUGCUGAAGAUUUCCGGCGGGAAUUACACGGAGUUCGAGCCGGAGCGGAUGCGUUUCCACAAGGAGGACUUUUCCCUGGAAAUCCUCAACACCAGCCGGGAUGAUCAGCGGCUCUACGAGUACAGCGUCAGCAAGGGGCCGGAGGAGGAGGUCUGGCAGAUCCAGCUGGAAGUGUUCGAGCCGGUGGCCGAUCCCAUCAUCCGGAUCCUCCGUCGGGAAUCCUCCAACGGCAGCUGCUCCCUGGAGCUGCGCUGCUCCUCGGAGCGGGGGGACGAGGUUUCCUACAGCUGGGCCAGCCGGGACAACGGCACCGGGGGGAUCUGCGCCGGCAGCGGCGGCGGCCUGAACCUGUCGUACGCGCUGCGGAGCGCGGCCUUCGGCUGCGUCUGCACCGCCAGCAACGCCGUCAGCCGCCGCCACGCCGCCUUCCACGCCGAGCAGUGCGGCUCUGAGCACUGGGAUGUCCCCAGGGUGAGGACAGAGCUCCUGGUGCCUCUGGUGGUGCUCGGUGUCAUCAUCAUCAUCAUCAUCAUCGUGGUCAUUGUCACCUUCAGGGCCACCCGCUCGGCCAAAUGUGACCCAGACCCCUCCCAGGUCACCCCGGACCCCACCCAGGUCACCCCCGCCAGCGCCACCAUCUACGCCCAGGUGCAGCGGGUGCAGGGAGAAUAA